AUGCAACUGUCGGUGCCGACAGACAAACGUCACCAGAUAAAACAAGACAUCAUCACUUUGUUGGCAACUCAAAGGAUCACACUUCGAAUGCUGUACCGCAUACUGGGCAAGCUGAACGCACUAACCACGAUCGUUCGAUCUCUGCGAUAUCAUUGUUCGUCGUUGGCCUCACUUGUUUCCAAGAGCACCCGACAGAACUGUGCGUUCGACUCGGAAGUGCCUUUACCCCUCACUGGUCGGGAAGACCUCAUAUGGUGGUCCGAAAACCUAGACAUGAUAGCGGUCGGACCUAUAAAAUUACCACUUGUCUCACUGGAAAUAACGACAGACAGCUCUCUCAAAGGGUGGGGCGCUUGGUGUGGACAACGAGCGUCCGGGGGAACGUGGAACAUACACGAUCAAAAUCUCCACAUCAACGCGCUAGAACUUAAAGCCAUUUUCCUGGCGGUACAAAAACUAGCCGAUGACCAAAAAGACACAACGAUCGCUAUUCGGACCGACAAUACAACUGCAAUGCAUUGCGUUAAUAACUUCGGCUCGCUACACUCCUCAACCUUAAAUUCGCUAACAAGGUCACUCUGGGCCUGGGCCUUCGAAAGAAACAUAUUUCUGAAAGCUACACAUAUCCCAGGAACAUGCAACGACAGGGCUGACUUAUUGUCAAGAACAACAUGCGACAACCAUAGCUUCUCACUGCACGACGCUAUAUUCAAACGCUUAGACGCAGCUCAGGGCCCCUUCGACAUCGAUCUGUUCGCGGAUUUCACGAACUACAAAAUCAUUCCUUACAUCAGUUGGAUCAGAGAUCCUUUCGCACUCAGCAUGGAUGCUUUCUUAUCGAAAUGGGACAUGUGGAACAACCUAUACGCGUUUCCCCCGUUCAAAUUGGUAGAUCGCUGCCUCUCCCACCUAGACCUCUUCCCAUCAUGUGAACUAUCUCUAAUCUGCCCACUUUGGCCCACACAGCCUUUUUUCCCCCGGCUACUGCAACGCUGCAUCGCACGUCCUCUCCUAAUCCCGACAUUCGACGACCUGCUACAAGACCACAAAGGAGAGCCCCACCCACUAAUCUUAAACAACAAAUUACGAUUAGUCGUUUGGCGCCUGGCACCUCUAACCUGUCCGCAGAAGCAACGCGAUUUCUGGAACAGUCUAUCCGAGAAAGCACAAGAUCGUCAUACAAAUUCGCUUGGAAUCGUUGGCUUCGUUGGUGUCAACAACGACAUACCCCUCUCAUUGGCGUUACUAUAG